GUGAAAUAUGCCCGUAAAAAACUGCUGUAAAUUGUGCACUUGGUUUUGUAAAAAAGAUUAUUAUCUAUAAACUAAUAAAUACACUCCAUCAUCCACCAAGAAAGCAUAAUUGUGCAACCAAGUCAUCGGACAACCGUGAAACCUAGUUUUUUUAUGGAAUUGCCUAAAAAUCGUUAUCAUGCAGUUCACUGUCAUUAGUGUCAUUUCCUGUCAACAUUUCUAAUUUUCAAAUAAAUAAAAGGGAGAGAAUUUUAAAUUCGUAAACAUUUAAGUUAUAGUAAUGAGUAAUGAUGUAGAAAGUUCAGAAAACACUGAAGGCUCUAUACAUAAUGAAGAAGAACCCCAAGAUGAGACUGAAACGAAAAAAACGAAUUCAGAAGAUAGUGCCCUAGACCCAAGUGGAACAGAUUGUUCAGAAAGUGGCAAUGAAAAUGAAGACAGUAUUUCUAACAGUGAGUCUAUAAGAACUGAGGAUACAGAAGGGAGUAUUACUGAUAAGUUAAGGGAGACUAUAACAUAUCAACAAAGUAUACUAGAACAAAAAUCCAACAAAAUAAGAAACCUGGAGGUAGAUUACUCGAAAGUACUACAAACUGUUAAAGAAUUAGAAUCUAAAUUAGACAUUGCUACUAAAAAGAAAGAUGCAGCAGUUAAAGAAAAAGAAGCUAUGGUUGUGCGAUAUGCUGUAUCCGAGAAAAACGUUCUAAAAGAGAAACAACAAAAAGAAGCUGCUGAGAAAAAGCUAAGCGAAGCUGUUCGUGAAACUGAACACAUGCAGUAUAAAGUUCGGUUGAUGGUCAAUGAGAAAUCUCGAAUUUGUCAAAUGCUUGAUAAAAAACACCAUGAGAACAAGUUGCUUCAGCAGGAUUGUGAGCAGAAAAAAGCAGAUUUGACGUCAAUUGACAACAAACUCAAACGAGUCCAAAUAAAUCUAAGGACAGAGUCAGAGACUGUUAAAGAUACUCAAGCGAAGCUGGAAAACAUCACAGCUAAGUAUCAAGAGGUGGUUAGUACAAUAGACCAAGUUAAGCGAGACGCUGAGGAAUCUAUUAAAUCAUACCGGAAUUCCGAAGAAAAUAGAGCCCAUCUUCUAGAACAACAAGUGCAAGAGCAACAGGCUUCUUUAAUUUUGUUAAAACACGAAAAAAAGGACAAAGAUGAACAAUCGUCUUUACUUCAAAAAGAACUGGAAAGAUUGCAAACCAAGCAAAAGGAAAUGUUACAAGAAAACAAUAGUCUUUCCUUAAAAGUCCAACAAUUGGAAAAAGACAGAUCUGAGUACGAAAUAAAGCUUAGUGAACUACGAGGAUGUGCCGAUCAACAAAGACAAGAUGUAGUCGACUUACAAACUAAGUCUGUACAGUUAGAACAGCUAAAACUUCAAUUGAAACAUGAACAAGAUCAACUUGUAGCCAAUAAUGAACAGAUGGGGCUGCUGAAACAAAGAAACCAGGAUUUAGAAUCUGAUAUGGAAACAUGUAGAACUAGAGAAGCUGAAUUGUUACUAUUCACGCAGCAACUAACUGAUAAGAAUGUAAGAUUACAAUCCGAGUUUACUUCCAUGGAAACAAGAGUUCAGCAACUAACAUGUGAACAUACUCUCUUAAAACGACAAAUCAAAGAGCAAGAGACCAAAGCUAAUAUGUACUCCUCCAAGCUUAAUGAGGAAAGGCAGAGGUAUAAAGAAGAAAACGAAGAUUUGGUUAAGAAGUUAACAGAGAAGACUAAAUUAUGCGAAAAGCUUUCACAAGAAGCUACAGAUCAGAAGUCAGAAAAUAUUGUUAUAAAAAGGAAGUACGAUAUGUCUCUAAGGGAAGUAAAUAGGGAACUACAACAUUAUCAUAAAAAGUUAGAAAAAUUCGAAGACCCGGAUAAGUCUAGCAAUAGUAACAGUAGUUCGAAUUCGUCGUUAAACGUUAGUGACCGUUCUGUAGAUAGACCCAAUACCACAAUAGAUCAACAGACAUUGAUAGAGCAUAUAGUUAAAUUGCAGAAGAUUAGCGCUAAAAAAUCGGAAAAGAUUGAUUUUUUGGAGGAGCAUGUAAAUACUUUGGUUAUAGAGCUUCAAAAGAAAUCCAAGCUACUACAAGGUUAUAUUCUGAGGGAACAGAAAUCGUCGAAUUCGAUUAAAAAAGACAGUAAUAAAGUUAAGUAAAGAAGUAUUUUAUUGUUACGUUAUUUAAUGUGUCUAUAUAUACAUAAAUCUAUUAUUUUUGUUGUGACUGAAACGUUUAUCUCCUAUCCUAUGGUUAUAUUGUAUGCUAGUCAAUAAAUGCUAAGCAUUUGAUCUCAA